CAGACGUCAGUUGUCACAUGUGUCUUAUUUAUCCGUUGUUUAUAAAAAUAAAUGGAUAGUUAAUUUAACGAAUUUGUUUUAUAUUAAAUAAAAAUCAAUAUGGAUUUCAUCAUAGAUACUGUAGGUGAUGAUGAACUCCAGGAAAAAAAUGAAUUACUGGACAAGAAAGAUAAACUCUUUGUAGAAACAGACAAGAAAAUCGAAGCUAUCUUAGAUUUAUUCGAGAAAACAAAGCAAGAGUUAGAUGCGGAACAAGAUGCCGAAGAUGAGGUUCAAAAUAAAUUAAAAGGCUUAAAAAUAGACAACCAAUUCGACGAAUUCUACGAGGAAAUGGGCUGGACAAACAUGGUAGCAUUGAAACAAAAGAAAAAAAAGCAAUUGUUUCGCUUUGACCAGCUGGACAAGGAAACUGGCAAGCUGAAAUCCAAUCUUGGUGGUGUAGAUGUUGAUAAAGAAAUGAAAAAGUCCGUCUUCCAACCGGGAAUAGAGAAAGCGCAUAGAUUGCCAAAAUACAAUGUCAGUGAGAAAAGAUUAAAGGCUAUGCGCAAGAGACAAAGGGAGAAAACAAAAGGACCUGGAUGGUUUAAUAUGAAAGCUCCGGAAAUUAGCGAGGAACUUAAGAAUGAUCUUCAAGUACUGAAAAUGAGAUCUGCAUUAGACCCCAAACACUUCUAUAAAAAGAAUGAUAUGGAAGUUCUACCCAAGUAUUUCCAGGUUGGUCGAAUAAUGGACUCCGCAGUGGAUCAUGUAAAUGAAAGAUUAACAAGAAAACAAAGGAAAAGAACUAUGGUAGAUGAGCUACUAGCAGAUGCUCAGUUCCAGAAGUACAAUAAAAAGAAGUACAAGGAAAUCAUUGAUGAAAAGAGAAAAACUGAAUAUAAAACCUUCAUGAAGGAUAAAAGACAGAAAAAUAAAGCAGCUUUAAAAAGUAAUAAAUUGAAAGCGAAAAAUACACCUAAAUAAAGUUUUUCUAUUA